AAGUUGGGAUGAGACGCUGAGCUGAGAGACUGCUUAGUGUUGUCAGGCAGUGUUGUGUGGUAAGUCAAGAUGAUUCACAGGCAUCUGCUCAUCUGGGCGUCUCUCCUUGCUGGGGCCCAGGCCUUGGUUCACGCCCAGGACAUUUUUAAUUUCAGACCCAUCAUAGGAGUGCUGGCUCAGCGUCCCCCGGACAGGAUGGUCGCAGGACUGGACAAGAACUACACCUCUUAUAUCGCAGCUUCCUACGUCAAGUACCUAGAGAGUGCUGGCGCCCGGGUUGUCCCUAUUCUUACCUACCAGGACGACGCAUACUAUGAGGAACUUGCUGGUUCCCUUAACGGGAUCUUGUUCCCUGGAGGAGCUGUGCCCAUCACCAGCGACAGCGGCUACGGCGCAGCUGGGAAAAUCCUAUAUGAUUAUGUGCUGUCUGCCAACGCUAAGGGCAUAUACUUACCACUGUGGGGCACCUGUUUAGGCAUGGAGAUGAUCACCUAUUUGUCUUCCAACAAUAACUGGUUAACCUACUGCCUUGCCAACAACAUCGCCAACUCUCUGGAUCUGCAGGACGGUUACGUGGACUCAAGGAUGUUCUCCCAGAUGCCAGCCACCACCAUACUGUACCUCAGAACUCUCAACGUCACCGUCAACUUCCACCACAAGUGUCUCACACCACAGAACUUCACAGAGUCGGGCUUAUCAGACCAGUACAAGCUGUUGGCCACUAGUCGGGAUAGCUUAGGCAUGGAGUACAUAGCCCUGCUAGAGCACCGAGACCUGCCUAUCUUCACCUCUCAGUUCCACCCGGAGAAGAACCCGUUCGAAUGGGCAGACGACACGAACCACGACAGUAUUCCUCACACGCCGGAGGCCGUGGAGAGCGCUCAGUAUUUCGCUAAAUUCUUCGUUAACCAGGCUCGUCUGAACAUCCAGAGCUUCAACUCCAAAGAGGAGGAGGAAGGCGCCCUCAUCUACAACUAUCAGCCAGUUUUCACGGGGUCUACUUCAGGCUUCGUUCAAGCCUACCUGUUCCUCAAUCAUAGCGUGACUUCUACACGAGGCAGGGAGACUAAUGCUGCUCCUCCAGAGAGCAAGCAACAACAUCCUGCUGCUGCUGCUUCACCCACCCAGGAAUCUAACGCUAUCAUCACCACCAUUCACCAAGCCAAAAAUCGCGCUUUAAAGAAACUCAAGAUCAAGGUUUUGUUCUACAAUAAGCUGAAGAAUGCACUGCACUCUCGAAACAAUGGUACAACUAAUUCGUAGAUCAACAGGCUGGUCCUCCGCCCAGCCUGUCAUGAAUUGUCGAAUACGAAGAGCUGAAAAUUACCACACAAUGCCUGGCUACUCUUCUGGCCCCACUUCCCGUUUACCCUUCAAUGGUCCCUACGUAAGAGUGAGUCUAGUCUAGUCUACUCUCUAUUGACUUUAAAAAUUUUGAUCUCUAAGUGAAGUGUUGUUUCAAUAAUAGUUUCCAUUCUGCCAUUGUUUUUCAUUAAGUUGUCGAUUAUAUAAGUUCAUUUCCAUGGAAAAGCCAUUUUUUUAAUUAAGUGCAUAUCUGAAAAAGUUUUGUGUAAAAUGAGUCUUCAUUUUUCCGACACAGAUAUGCAAGAAGCCUAUUUUAUUGGACACUAACAUUUCCCUUGACGACACCAAUCUUUUUCAAGUUUACAGAGUACAUAGACAACAUGAAAAUAUAUAGGCAGAGUGAGGACUGUGGAGGAGGCGCACAUGACCUCUGCAUGUGAAUAUCUAUAAAGGUCAAAUUUUGAAGUAUGCCGAGCAAAAGGAAUUUAAAUUAAAAGUUCUUUUGAUACCUGUAUUUGUGAUAUAGGAUCCCUGAUAUCGAGUUGAUAUUAAUGGCCUCUAGUCCGACUACGUCCUUCCAAUAACUGUUAGAACAGAGCCGACAGUUUACAGAUAAUCCUCAGAUGAAUAUCGUCAGUGGUUAUAAUACUGUCACUGUUUUCAAGUGUAUUCUUGUCCUGGAGUUUGCUCACCAAUUCCUUCGUUGUGUCGAAGGUGACUCUGGGACUGUGUGAUGGUGUCCAUGGUUAUUGUUUCACAACUUAUUGCUAUUUUAUACCUUUUAUGCCAAGCCUACUUUAUGUUAAAAGAAGGGGCUAACUAUAAUUAACUAUGUACUGUAAUCAGACUAAAGAGACUGACUGUAAGCCAGCGGUCGUUCUGCCGUAACCUGCCAAAUAUCAUUACAGAAAAAUGCCAAACUCAGAGUGAACGGCUGCCACCUUGAUAGCUGUAUUAGUAGACAAAAUGCACUAAUGGUUGCUUCUUGCUAUGUUGCCAACGACACCAUGAAAGGGCCAUCAUAUGACAACACGUCAGGUGGCUCCCUCAUGAAUGUAAUAAUAACUGUAAGAAUUGUUCAUUAAUAAAUAUAUUAGCCCACAUAAA